AAUAUCAUAAACAUUGAACAUUUGUACAUUGUAUUGCAAAGUCCAUGGUUUGUGUUGUAGUGUAGCAGUUUGCGCACGUGUUUUCAUUUGGAACUUGCAAUAAAGUUUCUUGUGACGUGAGAAUGUUACUAGCCUAUUGUUUCUUUAUUGCCCAUUGACGACAAUUUACCAUUUCCGUGUGCAAGUUCAUAUGAUCAGUGAGAAAUCGUGUCAAAGAUAAGUCUGACGUUGAGGCAACAUGGCACUGGUACUAAUGGAGGAAUUCGGCGAAGUACCGGGAGAAGGACGUGUACAGAAAUGGAUUCUGAAAUCGUCUAACAUCACAGUGGAAAUCAUAACACUCGGGUGCAUCAUAACAGCCAUCAAGUGUAAAGGCAAGAAUGGAGAGGUCAAAGACAUCGUUCUGGGUUAUGAUGAUCUUGAGGGCUAUCUGGCCAACCCCAAGUACUUUGGUGCUGUUAUCGGCCGGGUAGCCAAUAGGAUCGCCAAGGGCAGAUUUGUGGUCGACGGGAAGGAUUAUCAACUGGCCAUCAAUAAUGGACCUAACUCCCUCCAUGGAGGACUGAGGGGCUUCAGCAAGGUGAUAUGGGGAAGUGAGGGUGUGGAGGGCGGGGUGCGGCUCACUCUCACCAGCCCAGACGGAGACCAGAAUUACCCCGGGGAUGUGCAGGCCUCUGUCACUUACACCCUGGAGGGGGACACACUGAGCAUCCAGUACCAGGCCCGCUCCACUAGAACCACCCCCAUUAACCUCACCAACCACUCUUACUUCAACCUGGCUGGACAGGGCUCAGCUGACAUCUACGACCAUGAAGUGUCCAUCAACGCUCCAACAUAUUUGCCUGUAGAUGACGUCAUGAUCCCCACUGGUGAGGUCAGACCAGUGGAGCACACACCCUUUGACCUUCGGAGGCCAGUUCUGAUUGGCCCACGGCUGAAAGAAGUGCCUGGGCCUGGGUUCGACCACAACUUCUGCCUGUCAUCACCUGGAGAUGCUUGGACAGAGCGCAUGUGUGCAAGGGUAUUUCACCCAGCGAGUGGGUGUGUUAUGGAGGUCAGCACCACUCAGCCCGGCGUCCAGUUCUACACAGCCAACUUCUUGGAUGGCUCUUUUAAAGGAAAGGGUGGGGCCUCUUAUCCUAAACACAGUGCCUUCUGCCUGGAGACACAGAACUGGCCUGACGCUGUCAACCAGCAGGGCAAUAACCUAAAAUACAUGGCCAAAUCUACACUGGAGUUGAUUACCAAGAAGACCCGUGAAUGUUCCUGAGUGGCCGAGUUACAGUUUUUACUUAAAUCUACAUGAUAAUCUAUGGAAAGACCUGAAAAUGGUGAUCUAGCAAUGAUCAACAACCAAUUUGACAGAAGAAUUUUGAUGUGACUAAUGGGUCAAUGUUGUACAAUCCGUGUGGAAGGCUCUUACCCAAGACUUACCCAGAAACACUCACAGCUGUAAUCUCUGCAAACGUGUUAAUAAAAAGUUUUGACUCAGGGGUGUGAAUGCUUAUGUACAUGAGACAUUUCUGUAUUUAAUUUGAAAUAGAUUUGCAAACAUGUCUAAACAUGUUUUCACUGGGGUAUUGUGUGAAGAUGGGUGAGAAAACAUAUAUUAAGUCCAUUUUGUAACAAAACAAAAUGUGGGAUAAGUAAAAGUGGUAUAAAUAUUUUCUGAAGGCACACUUUGUAAAAAAUUGCUCAAGCUCAGUAAAUUUGGUUGGGAAUCAUUGAUGGACAGCAAUAUGCAAAGCUUGUCUUUUUCAUUUGUUUUAAGCAGAUUUACGUCAGGAAUAUACAGUUCCAGUCAAAAGUUUGGACACCUACUCAUUCAUUGGUUUUUCUUUAUUUUUACUAUUUUCUAGAUUGUAGAAUAAUAGUUAAGACAUCAAAACUAUGAAAUAACACAUAUGGAAUCAUGUAGUAACCAGAAAAGUGUUAAACAAAUCUAAAUCUAUUUUAGAUCAUUCAGUGUAGCCACCCUUUGCCUUGACAGCUUUGUACACUCUUGGCAUUCUCUUAACUCUAAUGUGUGGAAGCCAGGAGAAGCUAAAAGUUGUUUAUGUUAAUUAGCGGUCAAUUACCGUGAGUCUGACCGUUAUUUGCUUGACAAUCAUCUGCUGACAAUUUCGUGCCCGCCACAGCCCUAGCUAAGAGUUGUGCAAAGCUGGUAGAAUCUGAUUCAAAAUGAUUCACAGCUGUAAUGGCUCCCAAAGGUGCUUCCACCAAGUAUUAACUCUGGGGUGUGAAGACAUCAAGACAUACGCAAUUAAGACAUCUUCAUUUAUUUUAUUAAUUGGAAAAUGUUCUCUAACUUUCUUUCACUUGGUGGAGUAGGUUGUGUAAAUCUAUAGGACAAAAAAAUAUAAUGUAAUACCUUAUUAGAUUUCAUUUUAAGGCAGAAAAAUGUGAAGGCUGUCCAAUCCUCCUCUGUAGUUAUAAUGCACUCUGCCCCUCUCUUUCUGCUGGCCCCCUGUGCUGCCAGCAGAUAUAUGGCAGUAAUUGUUCCUUGAGUAAUCACAGCAUCAGCUUAUAACGGGAGUGCCUGCUAUGGAGACCAUGAAAGAUUUACUGAGCACUGUAUACUCCUCUCUUCUGUCCUCACUGUAACUCAUUCCCUCGCCUGGACUGUCUCUUCUCUCUCCUCCCCAUCUCUCUCUUUCUCUCUCCAUCACUGUUUCUCCCUCUCUCUCUGUCCUUUCUCGCCUGCCCUGCACGUUAUUGCCUCACUUCUAUCCAUCUUUCUCUCUAGGCUCUCUUUGUCUUUACAUCCAUCCAUAUCAAACUCUGAGAAAUUGAAUUCUGGGCUGGAAGACUGGCCUUUUAAGUAGGAGAAGGCUGCAUGAGGUUGAUUUCCAUAAAUCCUGUUCCUCCAUUCCUCUUGCUGUGCUAGCCUUGUGGAGAUUAGUUUCACAGCUUCUCUUCUUGCCCACAGUGUCAGUAGAGUGAAUUAAAUAUGAGCAGGAGGAAGGACCAGUACAACUGUAUUCUAUACUAUGUACUGUAUCUUUAGUCUAUGACACACUGACAUUGCUCAGUCAUAUAUUUAGAUAUUCUUAAUUCCAUUCCUUUACUUAGAUGUGUAUUAGGUAUUUGUUUUGAAAUUGUUAGAUAUUACUGCACUGUCGGAACUAGAAACACAAGCAUUUCGCUACACCCACAAUAACAAAUCCAAUUUUAUUUGCCGGAUGCACCGAAUACAACAGCUAUAGAUCUUACAGUGAAAUGCUUACUUACAAGCCCUUAACGAACAAUGCAAAUAGUCUGGGUAGCCAUUUGAUUAGAUGUUCAGGAGUCUUAUGGCUUGAGGAUAGAAGCUGUUUAGAAGCCUCUUGGACCUAGACUUGGUGCUCCUGUACCGCUUGCCAUGCCUCCAUGAGUGCUAAACACGUGUAUGUGACCAAUAACAUUUUAUUUGAUCUGUACAGGUCUAUGAACCCCAUUUCUGUCGUUCCAAGUGUUUACGUACUGUAUGUGGGUAUUUGCAUGUAGGCAAGAAGAGUGUUUGAAACCUGGCUAACAAGGCUAGCCUAAACAGAGGGAAUCACAAGCACUCAUGAAGGCAUGCACACACACACAUCCCUAAAUACAUACACUGCCGUUCAAAGGUUUGUUUUCACUUAGAAAUGUCCUUGUUUUUUAAAGAAAAGCAUUUAUAUUUGUCCAUUAAAAUAACAUAAAAUUGAUCAGAAAUACAGUGUAGACAUUGUUAAUGUUGUAAAUUACUAUUGUAGUUGGAAGCUACAGAUUUUUUAAUGGAAUAUCUACAUAAGCAUACAGAGGCCCAUUAUCAGCAACCCUUUUACAAUUAUGUUAGCACAGCUGAAAACUGUUGUUCUGAUUAAAGAAGCAAAAAAACUGGCCUUUAGACUAGUUGAGUAUCUGGAGCAUCAGCAUUUGUGGAUUCGAUUACAGGCUCAAAAUGGCAAAAAACAAAUAACUUUCUUCUGAAACUCGUCAGUCUAUUCUUGUUCUGGGAAAUGAAGGCUAUUCCAUGCGAGAAAUUGCAAAGAAACUGAAGAGCUCUUAUAACACUGUGUACUACUCCCUUCACAGAACAGCGGAAAAUGUCUCUAACCAGAAUAGAAAGAAGAGUGGGAGGCCCUGGUGCACAACUGAGCAAGAGGACAAGUACAUUAGUGUCUAGUUUGAGAAACAGACACCUCACAAGUCCUCAACUUGCAGCUUCAUUAAAUAGUACCGGCAAAACACCAGUCUCAACCUCAACAGUGAAGAGGCGACUACGGGAUGCUGGCCUUCUAGGCAGAGUUGCAAAGAAAAAGAUCUCAGACUGGCCAAAAUCUCAGACUGGCCAAAAAAAAAUACAAGAUUAAGAUGGGCAAAAGAACACAGACACUGGACAGAGGAACUCUGCCUUGAAGUCCAGCAUCCUAGAGUCGCCUCUUCACUGUUGACGUUGAUACUGGUGUUUUGCGAGUACUAUUUAAUGAAGCUGCCAGUUGAGGACUUGUGUACAGUACAGUACCCUUAAAAUAUUGCCGUCUUGGUAGAUUGGAUACAGCUACAGUGCAAAAGUGCUGUCAGCUCGAGUUUUUAACAGCUGCUGGUGGGUUUGCUGUCCGGUAAUUACAGCCAUUUGAGUUGCCUGCCGCUACGUGGAUCACAUUCAGAGUUCACUAGCGCCAGAUCUGGCCCCUGCCCUUCUGUACUGUAGGAGAGGCAGGGAUCCAUGCAGAGAUACGGACAUUUGCAUUGGUUUGAGCUCAAGAACAAAGUGCACAGGCAAAUGACAGAUUGAGAAGGACUUCCAUUUGCAUACAUGCAUACAUACAUACAGUAUCAAACCGCUGCGCAUACGUGAGCCAGAGAACACUGCAGUUGGAGCAAACAGGGUGAGGGGGAGGAAAGGAGAGUGUGGGUGGGAACACAGGGUGCAGGAUGAGUCAAAACAGGAGAUGAGGAGAGCGUUGUAGCCACACACACACACACACCCUCACAUGGAGAGGUUUGAACUGAACUCUGCCUUUUGUCUUCUUCAGACUGAACAAUGUCAGCCAGUCCAUGUUUUAACCUCAGUUCCCUUUUUCUGUUCAGAUACUUCUCCAGUUCCUUAAACCUGACCGUGUCCAUGUGAUGGGAAACACCAUGUGUGCGGGUGUACGUUUGUCUGUGUCCCACAGGGCGCACACUGGUUGAACCAACGUGGAAUACACGUUGAAUUGAGGUCUGUGCCCAGUGGGGUGUGUUUGUUCGUUCAGCACAUCCAUUGAGCCUCACAUUGAGAUACUGACUCAAUGUAGCUGUCUGUCAUGUCACACAUUGGGCCAACAGAAAGACCUCCUCCAUAUUCACUCCUAACCUCCUAGCAACCAAUUUUAGAGUUGUAUGCACCUAGCAAACAGUUUUAGCCUGCCAAUGAGUCUUCCAAAAGACGACACAGACAGAAACCUUGCUUCUGUCUUCAAUGUGACCCUCCUGUGUCCUGU